GCAUUUUCCACCUAGAAAUACCCCUACACCAUCUUUCCCUUACCAGAUUAUACCCCUACGUCCCACGUACUUAUCACGGCACUUCACUAUCCUCAAAAUGCAAACAGAUAUCCCAUUACGAGAAGCAGUUCACAAUUUUCAGCCUAGCGACGAAUGGAAACUCGAACAGGGCUUAGCAGGAGUAGAACUACAUCUACUUGACCAAACGAGGAGUAAAGAAGUAGAUGGUGACAUUCCAAGAUGGAAUGGGGAAGAUCUAUCAGAUACUAAGAAAAUUAAUUAUAAGCUAGCCAGUGAUGAGCUUCCGGGCUGGAAUGGUUAUGUCGAAUGGGAAGACUACCCAGAAAAGAAGAGGAAAGCACAUGAGAUUCUUAUUUCACAGGAAUUUCCACCCCCUCCUGAAUUUCAAUUAGGUCCUAUCCCUGGUACCAAUCCAGUUCUUGAAGGGAUCCGAUGGAAAUUAUGGCAUCGUGCGAUUGGUGGUCGUCUGGCAGUGGUACCUGAAGAAUCUUGGGCUAUCGUACUCAAAGAAAAGUCUCCGGAUAUGCUACAUCUACUUCAAUUCCCCUACAAUGGCGAACCGCCUAAGAGGCUUGUCACAGCUCAACCCAUUACUCCAAAUCCCCUACACUUUAUACGAAACCAUGGUGGGAUCCCCUCAAUCGACCCAUCUGCUUGGUUUUUACGACUAGAUGGUCUAGUAAAGGAACCUAAGAAGUUGACGUUGUCGGAUCUCCAAGACGAAAGUCGAUUCCCACGUAUGGAGAGGUUGGUCACUAUCCAGUGUAGCGGUACACGGCGAAUUGAGCAAAUCAGCUUGUACGCUGGUGAGGGAGACGAAAUGAUCAAUGCACCAUGGGCCGAAGGUGCUAUUGGCACUGCGAAAUAUGUGGGCGUAUCGCUAAAGAAGGUAAUCAAGUACUGUGGUGGUCUGGAAGACGACGCGAAACACUUGGAACUUGUGGGCGCCGAUACAUACUUCAAAAUGAACGAGGUGAUGAAUUACGUCAUCAGCGUACCAUAUUCAAAGAUCAAGGCUAAUGAAGUUAUGCUUGUCUGGGAAAUGAAUGGUGAACCUCUUCCUAAGAUUCAUGGAGCGCCCGUCAGAGCGGUAGUUAUGGGUUAUAUCGGUGCUAGGAGUGUCAAAUGGUUGUAUCGCAUAACAGCCAUACCGGAACCAACUCGAGCGCCAGUGCAAAGCAGGGAGUAUUUGUACUUCAAUCAGCAAGUGGGUAAACAUAAUCAACGUUGGAUUGAUGGCAUUCAAAUCCAGGAAAUGCCCGUGAGCAGCGCCAUCAUGUCGCCAUGGAAUAAGCAAGUUGUGAUGCACGAAGGCAAGAUUGAAGUCCAAGGUUGGGCUUAUUCAGGAGGUGGUCGUUGGCCUGAACGUGUCGAGGUUAGUGCUGAUGGGGGUUUCUCAUGGUAUGCCGUACCAAUAGAGAAUCUAAGCUCGAAGCACAAAUUUGCCUGGCGUACAUGGCAUAUGUGGUUGCCUUGCGAUGUGGAAGGUUGGAUCGAAAUCGUCGUUAGAUGUUGGGAUAAUAGCCUCAACACGCAACCGAUCGAGGUUAGAAAUGCGUGGAACUGGGGUUUACAUGUUACGAGCAGCGCACAUCGGAUUAGAGUGUAUAGUGUGAAUAAGGCAAAGGAGUUGACGAGAGCGAGGUUGGAAGAGUUUGAAAAACGAGGUAUGCCGUUCGUACCUAUCACACGACCGACAGAAUUCCCUUAUAUGACUUGGGAAGAGUAUGAUGAAUAUUUCAAAAAGAAUGGACCGAGAGACGUGGAUAAAUGAUGAUAGUGGAUCUCGUGGUUUUGGGAGUGUGUUAUUUCAACGUCAAGAAGCUGUUUGCAGAUUGUUCAUGCAAUACGGACGUGUAUUUGGUAAUGACGAGGCCAAUCUUUUCGGGGUUGAUAAUCAAACUGUAAUGUCAGAAGGUAUUUGAAGUUUUGAUGACUUCGUGGUGCGUUGUCAGAGCAUUUAGCAUGUUUCAACUUAUGUAGUCAAUUUGCUCUCUCAUGAUUCAUUCGUAACAAAUACCUGAAGGGUGCAGUCUGCCACAGUAUUUAGGUGGGUAUUUGAUUACUCGACUUGAGUAUUUAUAUGUGCUCAAAAAACCUCUUCAGUUCGAUGGUAGUCGCCACUUGUUAAAAUCUCUCGCGAUAAGUAUAGACGUAACUACCUCAAAUAAUUGAGCAGGCGCACUUUGACUUUCGGAUAGGAUAUUAAUGUUGAAUGAGCAAAUACCAUCACCUUACUCAAUUACUAGUUCCACACG